AUGAGCUUCGUGCCCAUUAACCCGCGGCCUAUGCUGCAAGACCUUGUCAACCAGGACGUCGUCAUCAGACUCAAGUGGGGCGAGACCGAGUACAAAGGAAAGCUGGUCAGCAUCGACAGCUACAUGAACGUCCAGCUUAGCGGCGCCGAGGAGUACAUUGAUCAGAAGAUGACGGGAGCUUUGGGCCAGGUUUUGAUCCGGUGUAACAACGUCCUCUGGAUCCGCGGCGCGAAACAAGGCGAGAACGGCGACGUCAAGAUGGAAGGUUGA